AUGACCCUUGAACAGCAACAAGAUCGCCGGUGGCGGUGUUUUAUUGGCAGUGCUCUCCAGAUUCAAAUCCCGUUUGCUGGAGUGCAGUUUGCUAUCACCAACGAUGGCGUAAUUGCCGCCGGUAAAGAUUUGAAGUCCUCUACCGGAUGUGGUCCGGAUGGCAUCCCUUCACUCGUUAUUAAACGUUGUUUGAGCUCCCUUGCCGUGCCGCUGAUAACCGUUUUCAACCUUUGGCACGGAUUCAUUCCAAAACGAUCGACCUCCGACCUGACGUGCUUUACGUCGUACCUGAUACGCCAGUUUCAAAGCGGUCAUCAAGUUGACGCCAUCUAUACUGACCUUUCUACCUUCGCUUUGGCAAAAAUUGACAAACUUGGCAUGAGCAACAACCUCGUCAUCUGGCUUCGACCCUAUCUGACCGGUCGCAGUAUGUCUGUGAAAAUUGGUGACUACAUCUCUUCACCGUUCACGGUAUGGUCCGGCGUUCCCCAGGGCAGUCAUCUACGAUCGUUUCUAUUCCUGCUGUAUAUGAAUGAUGUCAACUACAUUCUCAAAUGCUUGAAGCUUUCAUAUGCUGACGACCUGAAGCUGUAUUUCGUGAUCAAGCAACGUGAAGACGCAGUGUUUCUGCAACGACAGCUAGAAGCUUUUGCCGUAUGGUGUGCUUUAAAUCGGAUGUCACUAAAUGUGUCGGAAUGCUAG